AAUAUAGUAAACAGUAAAACAAAGUCUUUAUUUGACAUUUCCAACUGGGUUGCUAUGGCAUUUUAUGUUGCUUAUUUUAGACAAUAUUCAAUUUGUUGACUAUCAUGAGUUUUUCUGUAGAUUUAGUAUCAGAAGAUUCUUUUUAUGAAAAUAUCACGCUGGGUGUUACAAGAGUCCUUGAGUCUGAUCCCCGUAUAUCAAACGUGGCAGUAGAACGACGAUCGCCCUGCGAUCGUAUAGCUAUUUCUAACUGGGAGCAAAGGCAUUCGACUAUUUUGCCGGAUGAUUUACGCAAUUUUUAUGCUUCUAGUGAUGGAUUUUUAUUGACAUGGAAUUUUAAAUAUUCGGCUGAUGAAAUUUUGCAAGUUGGGUCUAUAAAAGUAAAUUCGUUAAGUGAAUUAUGUUUGUCUGCCGGCUUAAAAGACCUUUUGGACUUCUCGGUGACACGGAAUAGUUCUGGAUCACGACCAGUACUUAAUCCAAAAAGCAAAGUUUUUGAAUUAGAUACCUGUAGAAAUAUCGGAAAGGUUUGCCUAAUUUGUACAAACGGUAGCUGGUCCAUUUGGUUAGCGACCCGCGAAGGUGCCUGGGGCUGGUUGGCGGACUCCUUCACUUGUUACUUCAGGAUGUCCUUAGUACACCUCGGACUGCCGGGUUGGCAAGCCGCUUUCACGAAUUUGCCUCUUAUUCCUUGGGCAGAGCAACUAUUUUUAUUGUUGGCGCCUCACCUAUUGGAGAGAGAGACUGACAGUACGAAUGCGAGCGGUUCUGAAACUGGCUUGAACCAUAUAGAUCCCAAUAUAUUCAAGAACUCCGUUCGCCAUUACAAGACAAAUCGUCAACCUAAUAAUCAAUGACCAUCAUGUUGUAGUUAUGGUGGAAUUCAAGGAUAAAACAUGUCGAAAGAUGUGGUAUUACUGAAUAAAAUUCUUGUGCAAAAGCAAAUAAACUUUUAUUUA